AUGAAUAACGUUACGACCCCGGUUCCUCACAACAGUGUCCGCAAAACAGUCAUAGACAAUACUUUGGAUCGUAUUUAUCACAAGCCCAGAUCUCAUCCUAGUUACGAUCCCAUGGAAGAUUUCUUGAACGAACGAUCCGUUACAUCGUUCGAUGACGUAACCAGAUCUAUAAGAGCUAAUACUGCAGCACUGCUGAAAAAAGUUCACACUCCUAUUCCGAGAGCCAUCAGACCACUGUCAGUUGCCAACCAAUAUGA